UAUUUGUCGUUCGUGUCCUGGAGCCGGCCGGCCGUCAUUGUCGGUACCGUGGGCAUCGUUGACUGAUACGGUUGGCCCGCAUUUGAAGACUAUAGUAUACUAAUUGUAUCUGCUCUCGAGAUCAACGAUGCUGAAAUAUUUACUGUUGUCGAUUUUGGUGGGUUAUACGCUGGCCGAUUCUGUGCUGGAGCUCGUGGACGGCGACUUUGACAGCGUCAUUGCUGAGCAUGGCACCAUCCUGGUUAUGUUCUAUGCUCCGUGGUGCGGGCAUUGCAAGAAACUUAAGCCCGAGUUUGAGCAGGCAGCUGCAAUUCUCCUGACAAAUGAGCCACCAGUGGCACUUGCCAAGGUUGAUUGCACAGAAGGUGGCAAGGAGACUUGUAAUAAGUUUGGUGUCCGAGGCUACCCAACAGUGAAGAUCUUCAAGAAUGGAGAGUUCUCACAGGAGUACAAUGGGCCAAGAGAAUACAAUGGUAUCGUCAAGUACAUGCAGGCCCAGGUCGGCCCUGCCUCUCAAGAGCUGACGGCAGAUAACAUCGAGAAGUUCCUGGCCAAGGAUGAAGUUGGUGUGAUAGGUUUCCUGAAGGAAGGCGGCGACCUCAAGUCGGUCUUUGAAAAGGUGUCCGACAAGCUGCGUGAGAAGGUGCGGUUCGGCCACACGAGCGAGGCGUCCCUGCUGAAGCAGUACGGCGAGGACGUGAUCGUGCUCUUCCGGCCCAAGCACCUGAAGAACACGUUCGAGGAGAGCAGUGUGCAGACGGACUCGACGGACCGCGCCGAGAUCGAGAAGUUCAUCAAGGUCAACUACCACGGCCUGGCAGGUCACCGCACCACCGAAAACGCCGCCGACUUCAAGGCGCCGCUCAUCAUCGCCUACUACAACGUCGACUACGUGAAAAACCCUAAAGGCACCAACUACUGGCGCAACCGCGUCAUGAAGGUGGCCAAGGCGUUCGUGGGCCAGGGCCUGACGUUCGCCGUGUCGCAGCACAACGACUUCCAGCACGAGCUGGAGGAGUACAACCGCGGCUUCGUCAGCGGCGAGAAGCCGGUGAUCUGCGCGCGCGACGCCGAGAACAAGAAGUUCGUCAUGGAGGAGGAGUUCAGCAUGGAGGCGCUGCAGAAGUUCGUCGAGGCGUUCCAGGAGGGCACGCUCACGCCAUUCCUGAAGUCGGAGCCGGUGCCGGACAACAGCGGCGGCGGCGUGACGGUGGCCGUGGCCAAGAACUUCGACGACGUCGUCGUCAACAACGACAAAGACACGCUGAUUGAGUUUUACGCGCCCUGGUGCGGCCACUGCAAGAAGCUGGCGCCCGUCUACGACGAGCUGGCGGAGAAGUUGAAGGACGAGCCGGAGAUCGCCAUCGUCAAGAUGGACGCCACGGCCAACGACGUGCCGUCCACCUAUGACGUGCGCGGCUUCCCCACGCUGUACUUCGCACCCAAGGACAGCAAGAGUAGCCCGAAGAAAUACGAGGGCGGCAGGGAGAUCGACGACUUCGUCAAGUACCUGGCCAAGCACGCCACCAACGAGCUCAAGGGCUACGACAGGACCGGCAAGGCCAAGAAGACCGAGCUUUGAGCGGCGGCCUGUCAGCCAGCCUGCAGAGAUUCCGCGCGCCUCUCGAGCCGCUUGUGAUACAUGUUGGGGCCGGGGUGGGCCUGGUGUGUUCGUGUCUCCGCUUCUGGGUCGGCUCCCGCGGCCAGUCACAAAGUUUUCGGCGCUGCGCGUUGUUGCCCGUUCCAUUGCGUUCCAUCUCUGUGUGAGUGCGUGCGAGUCCGAGUCCCGCUGCACUGUUCAGCACCGGCCUUUAUUUUUUAUUGAUACAAAAUAUAGUGGACAAAACAGGA